CAUGCACCCCGCGCCCCGCCGCGGAGCAUCCCUGGAAGCGGCGCCGAGCCGGGAUCCCGCCGGACAGUUAAAUAAGUCAACUUACAUGAUGAUUGAAGAUAAUAAAGAGAAUGAAGGCAAUGCAUCUGAGAGAGGAAGGACAGCCAUCAUUUUUUCCUUGAAGAAUGAAGUCGGAGGACUUGUAAAAGCAUUAAAACUCUUUCAGGAGAAGCAUGUAAAUCUGGUACACAUUGAGUCACGGAAGUCCAAGAGGCGAAAUUCUGAGUUUGAGAUCUUUGUGGACUGUGACAGUAACAGGGAACAACUGAACGAGAUCUUCCAGCUCCUGAAAUCCCACGUCAACAUUGUCUCUGUGAGCCCAGCGGAGCAUUUCAAUGUCCACGAAUAUGACAUGGAGAAUGUUCCCUGGUUUCCAAAGAAGAUCUCAGAUUUGGAUAAGUGUGCGAACCGAGUGCUGAUGUAUGGGUCCGAAUUGGAUGCUGACCAUCCAGGUUUCAAAGACAAUGUCUAUCGCAAGAGGCGAAAGUAUUUUGCAGACCUGGCUAUGAACUACAAACAUGGUGAACCAAUUCCGAAGAUUGAAUUCACUGAGGAGGAGAUCAAGACUUGGGGAACUGUGUACCGAGAGCUCAACAACCUUUACCCAACUCAUGCCUGCAGAGAGUACCUUAAAAACUUACCCUUGCUCACCAAAUACUGUGGCUACAGGGAAGACAAUAUCCCCCAGCUGGAAGAUGUGUCCCGCUUCCUGAAAGAGCGUACAGGUUUCACCAUUCGCCCUGUUGCUGGAUAUCUGUCUCCCAGAGACUUCUUGGCAGGAUUAGCAUUCAGAGUUUUUCACUGCACUCAAUAUGUUAGACACAGCUCGGACCCUCUCUAUACACCAGAGCCUGAUACCUGCCAUGAGCUCCUAGGCCAUGUCCCUCUUUUGGCUGAACCCAGUUUUGCUCAGUUCUCCCAGGAAAUUGGUCUUGCAUCACUUGGGGCCUCAGAUGAGGCUGUCCAAAAACUGGCAACAUGCUACUUCUUCACUGUAGAGUUUGGCCUGUGCAAGCAAGAGGGACAACUACGAGUUUAUGGGGCUGGCUUGCUCUCUUCGAUUAGUGAGCUCAAGCACUCGCUCUCUGACAGUGCCAAAGUCAAGCCUUUUGAUCCAAAGGUCACCUGCAAGCAAGAAUGUCUCAUUACAACUUUCCAGGAGGUUUACUUUGUUUCUGAGAGUUUUGAAGAAGCAAAGGAAAAGAUGAGAGAAUUUGCGAAAACCAUCAAGCGCCCAUUUGGUGUGAAGUACAAUCCAUAUACACAGAGUGUGCAGAUCCUGAAAGACACGAAAAGCAUUGCCAGCGUGGUGAAUGAGCUACGGCAUGAGCUGGACAUUGUCAGCGAUGCCCUCAGCAAGAUGGGCAAGCAGCUGGAAGUUUAACACCCUGUCAGCAGUGUGGUGCAAUCCAAUUCUUUUCUUUUCCUUACUGAUUUCUUUCAUAGGCUUAUAAUGUGUUGUAGGCUGAACUCAUUCCUUUACAAAUGGAAGAGUGAAUGGCUCAUAAGAAUAAUGUCAUCUUGUUUCUCUCUGUAAAAUCCCUUACAUAAUGUAUUUCUCUAUCCCCCUUAGAUAAAAAAGGUCCAGAGCUACCUUUUAGAAGCUGAUAGGGGAGUAGAGAAAGUGCUAGAAUGGAGAAGAAGUGUGGUCUUUGGAUCAGGGCUGGGAUCAAAUGCCCCAGAAAGUGGCUUAUGAGGCAAUAAUGGAAUAAUUCACCAUUUCUGGCCAUUUCUGACUCCAGUAGUCUUUGCUACUGAUUUUAUAGCAUUGAAGACUUGAUAAUGUAGAAGCUGUGAUAAUCAGUGCUUCUAAGUCUGUACUACUAAGUUUAAAACUUGAAUGAUUACAAUGCACACAUCAGGACACAAAUAGCUGGAGGUUCAACAUGAUAAAAUGGAGGGGUCAAAUCUUUCAGAGGGAUUAUUCUUGUCCACAAAGAAUUGCAAAUGUGCUGUCUGGCAUGCUUCUAGUAUAAGGCAGAGAUACAGCUGUUGCAUGCAUCCUAAUUUUAAGAGAUGUGCUAUUGCCUAAGAGUCAGGAUUUGUAUUGCUGUCCUUGAUAUUCCACAUGAGGGAAGACCUUUCCUUACAGAGAU